AUGAAUGAGUUGCGAAAAAAGCAACUACACAAAUUCAAUGAGAGAAAGGGAGGAGUCCUGACUCAUACUCUCCUCCGAAGCCGCCGCCAUUUUCCGCCCCCGCCGGAUCGCUGCUGUGCCUCGGCAGCCGCUCGCUUCCCUACUCUGCAGCCUCAGCCACGGGCUCCGCCCGGCCCUAAGAGGGAGGCCCUGGCCGGAACGUGCGGGGACGGCAGCUGCAACGUCAGGAAGGCCAGGCCCCGACCCCGCCCGCAGUGCCCCGGCGCCGACAGCUUGCGCCAGCCGGCGGGAGCUAGCGGGCAGCAAGGGGGCCGGACAGGCUCCACUGGGCGGAGCGGCCCGGGCGGCGGUUGGAACCUGAAGGUUCCAUCGCACUUACUUCCUGUUUUGGGUCCGGGCACUUUGGAAGAACCAGGAUGGAAGCUCCAAAAAAUACCAGGAUGGAGGAAGCAGCCACGGGCGAGAGUGGCUGCAGCUGGAGUGAGCGAGCGCGACGAGCCACCGGAAACGGAGCUGCGGCCGCGCCCCGCCCCCAGCUCCCCGCACGCUGCCCCUCCCGCUCGUCUGUUCCGCUGGCGGCCCAGCGUGCUGGCUGUACAGCGUGCUGGCUGUACGCGUCACUUCCGGCUGUGUCGGCGCGCGAAAAAAGGAACCAAAGAGAAGUGAAGGAAUGUGUCCAAGGGCUCCCAAGUUGGCGGUGGAAUUAGAAUUGAAGCCUCAGCUCCAAAGCCUGUGUUCUGAACUACCCGGUUGCAGUUCACAAAAUACACUUUGGCAGUACUUUCAUAACGAAAACAAAUGAUUACAACCAGUUUACAAAUGCUUUGCUUUACUGGAGGAUCGACAUGUUUGACUAAUUUUCAAAAAUAAAUCUCAGAAGCAGCA